UAUAAAGCAGCUUAACCAAAGAGACUCUGGACUGGAGUCCUCCAAGUGCAUAAUCUGCCAUGGAUUUUUUUCUAUCACACAUAAACACUGCCAUAGCUGGAGUCUUAUCCAUAUUUCUAGUUCUCUGCUAUUUUCUAUGGAUAUCUAAAAGAGCUGCUAAAAACAGCACAGCACCAGAAGUUAGUGGUGCAUGGCCCAUAAUAGGCCACCUUCACCUCUUAGGAGGCUCUGAGCUUCCCCACAUAACCUUGGGAGCCAUGGCGGAUAAACACGGACCAGUUUUCACCAUCCGGCUCGGGUUGAAACGAGCUCUUGUAGUGAGCAAUUGGGAGACAGCCAAAGAAUGUUUCACCACCAACGACAUAGCUGUGUCAAGCCGUCCCAAGUUUGCAGCGGCAAAACACCUAGGCUACAACUAUGCCAUGCUUAGUUUCUCCCCAUAUGGUCCCUAUUGGCGUGAAAUCCGCAAAAUAGCCUCCCUCGAGCUACUAGGAAGUCGCCGCGUCGAGCUUCUAAAGAAUGUCAGAGUCUCUGAAACUGAGACCUCCAUGAAAGUACUUCACAAGCUUUGGAGAGAGAAGAAAAACAGCUCAGGCCAUGUGUUGGUGGAUAUGAAGCAAUGGUUUUCAGACUUGGCUCUGAACGUGGCUGUUAGAAUGGUUGCCGGAAAGCGAUACUUCGGUUGUGAGGAGGAGAAAGAGGCGAGGCAGUGCCAGAAGGUAUUCAGGAAUUUCUUUCACUUUCUUGGGUUGUUUUUGGUGUCGGACUCAAUUCCUUUUCUUGGGUGGUUUGAUUUGGGUGGACAUGUGAAGGCCAUGAAACAAACUGCAAAAGAAAUGGAAAGUAUUGUGGCGGGAUGGUUAGAGGAACAUCGCCAUAAGAGAGAUUCUGGGGAGGCUAAAGGAGUUCAAGACUUUAUGGCUGUCAUGCUUUCUACUCUUCAAGGCUCAGACUUUGCUGGUUAUGACGUCGAUACCAUCAACAAGGCCACAUGCCUGAAUUUGAUUGCUGGCGGAGGCGACACGGUUGCAACUAUGUUGACGUGGGCACUGUCUUUACUAAUGAAUAACCGUCAUGUGUUAAAAAUAGUUCAAGAAGAACUAGACAUACACGUUAGUAAAGAAAGACAAGUCGACGAAUCAGAUAUUAGCAAGCUAGUCUACCUUCAAGCCGUAAUUAAAGAGACAUUACGAUUAUACCCAGCCGCCCCACUAUCAGGCCCAAGAGAAUUUACACAGGACUGCACCAUUGGUGGCUACCAUGUUUACAAAGGCACACGCCUAAUUCUGAACACAUGGAAGCUGCAAAGGGACCCAAACAUAUGGUCAGAGCCUUGUGAGUUCAAACCAGAGAGAUUCCUCACCACCCACAAAGAUGUGGAUGUUAAUGGUCAACAUUUUGAGUUGAUUCCAUUCGGAGCAGGUAGAAGAGUGUGCCCAGGAAUAGCGUUUGGAAUCCAAAUGUUGCACUUAGUGCUUGCUAGGUUACUCCAUGGUUUUGAGAUUUUGCCAGCAUCCAAUGCACUUGUUGACAUGAGCGAAAGCGCUGGACUGACAAAUAUGAAAGCCACUCCACUUGAAGUACUCGUGAAACCUCGAUUGUCUCACAAUCUUUAUUAGGCAUGAAGUCUAGAAAAUAAAAUAUUAUGUGAAAUAUGGGGACUCUCAUUUUUGACUUGUGAAAUUCUCAGUCUAAAUUAUUAUGUAAUUAAUCCUUAAUUGGAUUAGAUGUUCGGAGCACUAGCUUCGAUGAAUAAAAGUUUGGGUAAAUUAUAUAAAUAGUUCUCUUA